AUGAAGUUUUAUUUGUGUAUAAUUUCAUUAAAUUUAUUUCUUGCGGCAAGUUUUUGUUGCAAUCAACAUAAAACAUGCAGGGAGUGUAUCAGAGAUGAGAAAAAGUGUGUUUGGUGUGCUGACGAAAACCAUAAAGAUAUUAUUAGAUGUAUGCCUGAAGUUGAUGCGAGCGAUCGGUGUUUGGGUCACAUCCAAAAUCCGAAGAACCCAAACGCUACAAUCAAGCGAGCAGAUGAAUUUAGUUCUGAAAAAGCUCGAAUAGUCCAGCUGAAACCUCAGGAGAUAAAAUUAGACUUAAGGCCUGGUCAAACGAUUGAUUUUGAUUUUACUUAUAAGAGAGUGAAGGAUUAUCCUUUAGAUUUCUAUUUUCUCAUCGAUGGAUCUGCGUCAAUGAGCAAUUUCGCAAAAAAAACUGCCGAGCAAAGCAAGUUAAUGUAUGAUAUGUUGAGUCGCAUGACUAAUGAUAUCUUCAUAGGAAUGGGAACUUUCGUCGAUAAGAAUGCCGUGCCAUACACAGACAAGGUUGUAGAAAAAAGAGCUUAUUCCUUCAAAAAUCUCCUCAAAUUGAACAAGGAUUAUGAAAAGUUUCGAAACACCAUAAGAGAUAUGGAGUUCGGAAUGAAUGUUGACGAGCCGGAGGGCACGAUGGACGCUCUAGCCCAAGCGAUGGCUUGUAAGGACGAAAUAGGAUGGCGCAAUCAAUCGAGAAAAGUCAUAGUGCUAAACACAGACGCGACCUACCACGUAGCCGGCCACGGGAUGCUGGCUAGCAUCAUACAGCCCUACGACGGGAACUGCUAUACUAAAAACGGUUUCUACGCUAAGGAGUUGCAAAUGGACUAUCCGUCUAUCAGUAUAUUAAAACACAUGGCAUUAAAAGGAGGAUUCGUUAUUAUAUUUGUAGUUAAAUUUGAACGACUAGAUGAUUAUAAACCACUCGAAAAUGAUAUGGGUGCUAAAGUAACUACUUAUAAUGAGAAGGCACUGGAAAUUAAUAAAAUAUUAGGAACCAUAUAUAGCAAUAUAACUGAAUCUAUUCAAUUGCAACAUGCAAGUGAUUCUAAAUAUCAGGAUUACUUUAAAAUCACCUACAAACCUGACUGCAGCAAAGAAGAUUGUUCUGUGAAAAUAAACGAUGAAUUAAAAUUCGUAGGCACCUUUAAACUUUUAAAAUAUUUAGAUGUGGAAAGUAUUCCGAUCGAUAUUACGAUUAAAGGUUUAAACGAAAAACUACAUUUAGACGUAAACAUAAUCAAGGACUGUGAAUGUAAAGCAGAGAACAACUCUACGUCUUGCAGUGGCAAGGGAAGCAAGACGUGUGGAAUUUGUGAAUGUUAUAAUGGAUGGCAGGGUGAGAAAUGCCAAUGCUCUCUGGAUGAAGGACUGAAUAUACAUAAAGAGCGUUGUAUGGCUAACGGCACCGAAUGUAACGACCGUGGCGUCUGCAAAUGUGGCAAGUGCAAGUGCUGGGACAAUUAUUUUAAGGGAGAUUUCUGUGAAUGUAACUUACAAACAUGUAUACUGGGCCCGAAUAAUGAGCUCUGUUCUGGUCACGGCAAAUGUGGAGAGGACGUAUGCGGUGAGUGUAAAUGUGACGAUGACUGGACAGGCAAAGACUGCAGUUGCUCGAAACUGCAAACCAACUGCAAAGAAGAAGGAAAAAAGAUUUGCAAUGGAUUUGGGGAAUGCGAGUGUAAUAAGUGCACGUGCAGGCAGCCGUCGUCGUGGGACACUCGCAAGCGAGACGAGCUGUGCCGGCCGGUGCAGAGCGAGGCGGCGACGGCGGCGGCGGAGCAGCAGCUGCAAUGCGUCCAGUUGCAGCCGUGCGUCCUCGACGACCUCAAGGACGGCUGCAAACACGUCAACGUCACCCGUGUAGAUACACUACCAGUAAACGCAGCUGAAGAAAACCCAGAAAACCUCGUAGAUAACUCAGAGGAGACCCUAGAUAUCCCCGCUGAGUCCCCAGAAUUACAUAUCACAGAAAAAACUCAGCGGAGCUCAGUCUGGAUAGAAUGCCCGGAAUUUCGGGCCGAUGUUGGAUGUUACACCAGAUUUGUGUACAAAUUCAAGGUUGUGGAGUAUGGAGUGGAUGUCCAGGUUCUGAGCAAAUUGAACUGCGCGGAAACUUAUUACUGGGCCGGUGGUGGCUGCCUCAUCGGGCUCAUUCUCAUCGGUCUAGUGACCCUGGUGUGCUGGAAGAUCCUCACCACCAGACGCGACCGCGCGGAGUACGACCGGUUCUUCAAGGAGGUUCAGAGUGAGAACCCCGAGCUGGUCAACCCCAUCUUCGCGCCGGCUACGGUCUCCUUCAGUAAUCCCGCUUUCCGCCGCUCUAGACACGACUGAAAAAUAAGAUGCAGCGUCAUCUGCUUACAGUCAAAUUACUAAUGUGUUUUUUUUUUUUUGUAUUUAACAAAUAAUUAAG